UCUCCCAGCCUCCGCCACCUGCCCGCCAUCCCAGCCCGGAGCAGCAACAGCCAUGUCCAACAACAUGGCCAAGAUCGCGGAGGCCCGCAAGACGGUGGAACAGCUGAAGCUGGAGGUGAACAUCGACCGCAUGAAGGUGUCGCAGGCGGCGGCCGAGCUCCUGGCCUUUUGCGAGACGCACGCCAAAGACGACCCGCUGGUGACGCCGGUACCCGCCGCAGAGAACCCCUUCCGCGACAAGCGGCUCUUUUGCGUCCUGCUCUGAGUCUUCCCGACCGCUUGCCCUCCUCUGCCAAAGUAUGGAUCCAAUAAACGUGGUGAUUGUGGUGGUA